AUGCGCAUCCACGAGAGCGGCCUUGACCGCACUCCCGACACACCCACCACAUCCAACACAUCCACCGUGCACACCCCCACUCUCGAUCCAUCCGUCCGCGCCACCACCACCACCUCCUCCUCUGUAGCUGACACUGACACCGCCGACUUCUCAUGCCCACACUGUCCACGCACAUUCACCUCACGCAUCGGCCUGGUCGGUCACUUGCGAAUCCAUCGCACAGAGACUGGCGAACCAGUGCCUGGAGCACCGACCCAUACCCACGAAGCUCGUCUCAACUGCCCACACUGUCCUCGCACUUUCAGGCAUCGCAUGGGCCUAUUCGGCCACAUGCGCAUCCACGACGACCUGCGGUAGACAGCCGCUGGUCACACCACACAUUCACUCACUCCAUACCUCCUCCUCCACCACCAUCAUCCCACCAGAAAUCAACACUCGCACACCUCAUGCACCCAACUGCCACCUCCCACGCAAGUGGAAAGUCCGCAUCUCGACUCGGUCCCCAUGCGACUUCGGCUGCUCGGGUGACUUGAAUCCGAAACUAUCCCGACACGUCAAGCGUCGUGGAUAGGAAGGUUACUGAUUGACGCCCGCUCUCGGUUCACGCAGUUCGUCGCGUUGUGUGUGUGUGUUGUGUGGAGUGGCGGACUGGUGGGCUGGGGAUGGGCUGAAGCUGCACCUUCCACGGCACUCUCACGCAAGUGAGAGACACGCCGUUCAACCCCCGUUGUGUGAAAUCCUGGUGUUAUGUGUAUGGGAGGCCAGGUCGUGCCGUGGCGCGCGCAGUCAUGGUCAGUCGACCAUGACAGCCACCGCGCCCAUUUCCCACUCCAGUCUGCUGACCGGCUCGGACAGCGGCUGGGGUGUGGGAGUGGGAAGGGAGAGUGAGGUCGACGACUCAGCGCUCUUUCUCCUCACUAUAAACAAUCUGACGCGCUUGAAGCUAUCACGGUGCGCUAAAAGCCGUGGCUUGGAAGGUUGCCAACUGACGGGGUAUCUUGGACCUCCUCCUUGACUGGAGGCGGUCUGAGAGUCAGGCUGCAAUGGCUCCUUUUUAAUGUGGCCUUUAUGGCACGCCCAUCACAGUGUGGGAUCCGAGCCAGGCGUUGGCGGCACGCCCAGGUGCGGCUUCGGCCGUGCCAGCCUCCAAAUCUCUGUUGUGAUUGGCUGAAAUCCUGGUUAUUUUUUGUGUGGACCAGAGGGUGUGGUGGAACGCCAACGCGAGGAUCCGUCCGAGCCACCCACCUGCGGCCUCGACCGUCUCCGGUCUUCUUGACUUGUUCUUGACACCGGGCUCAGGCGGGGGAGGAGGAGAGAGUGUAGGUAGAUGUAACGCAAGUCUGCCGGCACUAUAAACCCCUGCGUAAGUCACCGUCCCUGCUCCCAUUGUUGCUGCAACUGUGGGGCACACGGUGGACAUCAUCGAAACCGAUAGUCAAACUGUCAUGUGGACCAUUUCACAAAUUGGUCAUAGGAUGUCCCCUUACGCCGGCAAGUUACGGCUUCUGUCACCAGUGCGUUGCCCGACGAAUGGAUCUGCCUGUGCGGAGUCCUUAUCUCCCUAAAUUAUUACUGUGAGGCUAACUCCGACAGCGGUCUCUUAAACAACACUCACUACAUGCUCAUCCGCAAUACCCAGACGACAUCAGAACACUCGGUGGGCAGUAGGCAAGUAGAACGAACUAACCACACUACAGUCAGCUUCAGCCGAGAACCACCAUCCACAUGCAUUGAACGUUUGGUUACCGUUCUCUUUGAUGGCCUACCGGGCCACCACCUUUUGGUCCAGGGGUUAUGUCUCAUUCUUCAUACGGACUGACCGCCCCUUCCGCCUACCCCGUGACGUUCAUCUUUCUGUGCAGUCCGCGUACACCUGCACAGCCGUGGUGCAGCUCCAGGCAAGUGGAGUACUUUGGCAGACGCACGCAUGGCCUUCCCUACCAAUGUGAUGACCUCGUGCUACGCUAUCCGGCGGUCCAACCCGAUGGCGUUUCGGCCAAAUCCUUCCAUUCUUCGUUUUCGUGGACGCCAUUCCGUCUCCCACAUACAUCAUUUGUGACGCUCACACCCGCGAAGGUCCCAUUUUCACGGUGCGCUGCCCUACAUGGGCAGCCCUCUCCCCUGACAACCUGCCCAUUUCGCCUCUCACCUAGUGAAACAACCCACAGAUGGAAUGCAAAUUUCUACCGACCCCGCAGUCCCUGUGGUCAGGGCACCGUCUAACGUGGGGCGAUUGCAGCAAGCGGAUAUGAGGAAAGACCAAGCUUUUGUUCAAGUACUUAAAGGCGGACUCUUGGGUGGUGGCGAGGAUUUUGGCGGGACUGUUUUUUUCUUUUUCUACUACGAGUGUAUAAAGACUCAGCCUCCCUUCCCUGGCUGACAGUUCCAAGCCCCACGGUUCCCGAACAGUCGUAAAAUUCAUGUUACUUCCGACAGACCCACCCUACGAGCAGUUGUGUGUGAAAGAAAAUCGAACGUGUUUUCUGUAAUAAACUGUCUAUAGUUCUGACUACUCGCCUUAUUGUAUGCCUGGAUUGUCAAUGAUUAUAAGCAUCGACAAAGUGGAUAUGCGUACCCCCAACAAUAAUUAAGGUGAGCCGCGAGGCCGUAUGGUUGACUCGAUUCCUAGUGCCGACUCAGGCGAAGUAGCACUAACUAGAUUCCCGAAGAGCGCGGCUGAUACGACGCUGGUUUUUUAAUAAAAGGUUGUAUUUCGGUUGCUUUAUAUUCUACCUAUCUGUUUUUCUACUUCUUUAUUCUUCUUCCAGUUGACAUGUAUCACUCAAGUACCCUUUUACCCUCGAACUGCGGAUGUCGUUCUGUUAGUACAUGGUUUGACGCGAUACAUCUAGCAGUCCACUAUCGUGACCGGCGUCAGAUGGUUCAUUGACUAGCGCGUUUGACUAUGCGCGCCGAUCCGCUGUUCGGUAACGGGACCAGACAAGCGAAGUGUACUACGGAGUAUCUGGAUGUAUCUAAUGACUUCCACCUAAGGGGACAGUGUCUCAGGAAGCUUUGAGUGUUCUGCAAGCCAAUCGCGAAAUUUAACCGUCUAGCUCUACCUAUCCGUUUGCCAGUGCAUUGUUAUCGGCACGUAUGCGUGCUCUUUGCUGAAUUUUCUGAUGUGAAUAUAACACUUCUAGACUCCUUCUUAUAAGCACAGCAAUACAAGUCCGUUUGCUGUUGAUUGUCUUAGGUCCCAGGCUAAUGUUCAGCGCGGUAACUACAAUAUUGCAUAUGCAGUUUAACCUUUCAGGCAGAGUGAUUAUUUCCUCUACCCUUACCUUUCUUUUAACUUGCCGUAUCUUCGUUAGCCCCAUAAAGAUUUUUUAAUUCAUCUCGGAACGUGGGCCAAGUCAGCCUCUAGUUCAUCCGAUUUUGAAUCAAAGUGUGCACUCAUUUUCACUUAUCUUACCUAUAGCCAAUUCCGCAUCUCUCCACCAGCUGGUGUUCCAUUUUACCAAGUAAUAACAUCAUCGCAAUCCAGCCUUGUUCGUUAAGAUGAAAGUGAGAUAGUAAUCAGGUCCCAGGUUAGGUAGUUCCUGUAUAUUAGCAGGUUUGUUCGUGACAAUCCAUUCUAUUAACUAUUAACGUGACAGUAACUGCUAAUCCGCCAAAGCUUUUGCUGCAGUGCAACAUGCCAGGAACAAUGCAAUCUAGAGCUUUUAUGGAGUAAAACUAAACAGUAUUAAUUCGGGCGCAGCAUUGAUUUCAGCAUGAGGUCAUAUCCUACCGAGUUCCUAACCAACAGUGUGUUUAUGUCCUGAAUCAUGCCAGCUGUGCCAGACUUGGCUAACUUCCGUAAGCAGGCUGAGUUCCAGGAAGCGGUUCAGAAGAGGAUGCAAGCACUGGAACAAGAAGUUUAUUGGACUGAUGUUUUGGCCUCUCACUCGAACCCAUUCUCGGAGACAGUUGCAGAUGAAAAUAGUGGAGGCACAAAGACUGCAGUAUUUAUAGUACGUAACUGCCAUGGGGCCACAUGCGUACUAUAAUUAACAGCUCUCGCUAUCAGCGCUGGGGGUCGGGAUUGAUGCGAUGGUGGCUCGUCAGUCAGCGUCCGAGUCGUUAAUUGCCGAAAUUUCAUCAUCCGUGUUGCAUGUUGGCAUGAUGAUGGCUCGUCAAUUUGGCUCUCAGUCACUGGAAUUGUUACUCGCGCGCGCCCUCCCCACGUGUCUGAUUCUCAUGCACAUAGAAUGUCUCAGCACCGAAUAUGGUACCGGGAGGUCUCUGCGUUUGAUGAUGGAUUGUGGGCCUAAGAAUCGUGAUUCGAGCGGCUCGCGGUUCACGCGGUUGUCAGCUUUUGCGAGGAUUUCGGCCCCUUUAAAUUUGAAACUAUGACCGGGUCCUGUGGAAUGAGCUGCUACCUGAGAGCAAACCUCGUUCAUCCUCACCGCAGCUCUGUGCUCGGCCAUCCGCAUCCAAAGUAAUUCCCCAGUUUCUCAGAAGUAGUUGCUCUGUCCGCAACUGCACCAGAUCCGAUAAACGACUCCAGAAGUUUCCUGCCGUGGCAGUGGGUCUUUCGGCCUUAUGACCUGACGCCUAAUGGUUUCUUCCGGCCUGUCUGCAACCCCAACUCCAAGUGGAGUGAGAAGGCGGCUGACAGCUUCCGAGACGCUCUUCGCGUACAGAAGAGCUCGCCAAAAUUAAGGGCCAUUUAAAUUUGGUCACUUAUAUUGUUUGCAGAUGAACUUGUUGACAAAGUUGCGCAGGUAGUCAUUAACUCUCAGUAUCCGUCAAGGAUAUUGUAAUUCGACAACCUUGUCGGCCACUUCACUGCAAUGUGUCUCAGCGUUCCGGUAUAACGCCCUUGCGCAAGUGCGUUUGUGACUGACCGGGUGAUUACUGUUGAAGUUUAGUGCUUGCGUCGUACUUGUCGCCUUCGUUAGCACUUUGGAUUUUAGGCCAUCACAAUAUUUGCGACAAACGAGGUUAUUAGAAAGACCAGCUGGUUGUAUUCUUCCUCCUCCAUCGCAAAUUAGCUGGCCAGGAAGGCAGAGUUGAGACGUUCUUUGAGUGUCAGUACCUGAUCCCGUUCGAUGACGACGAAGGUAUCAUCCUCAUGCUGAGCCAAAAAUUUCUGUCUGUAAUAUUGGAAGACCGUUAUAGGACGGCCUCGUCUGUGUCAUGAAAUCGGCGAACCCACUGGCGUGACCUUCACCUGCUCGUACUUUGUUCCGUCAAACGUAAAGUACGUCUUGAGACAAACCUUCAGGAGUUGGAAUAUUUGGGCAUGUCCGAAGUGAUUCCCCCUUUCAUCGUACUUGUCUUGUAGGAGUAGUUCGAUGGACGACGAUCCUCCGACAAGCCUUUGACUUUCUGAAUGUAGUCCGUCCUGUCCAAUACGGCAGUGGAGCGUCCCUUUUCCGCAGGUACGAUAACGUGGUCACUGUCGGCCCUGAGCUUCUUAAGUGCAUCAAGUUCGGCCGUGGCAAGCACGUUGCGCGGCUUAUGAGCCAUGAGGAGGGAGGACACUUGUUGCCAAAUAAGGUUCUUCGUUUUGUCUGUCGCUUUCGUCCGGUGGAGGAUUGACACCACCGAUGCAAGCAUGUUGGCAGGUUUGGCAUCGGUUGUUUAAAAUGAGGUCUCAUGCCUUAACACCUACAUUUGUUCCUCAGUCAGUUCAUUUGACGACAUGUCGUACACCAGUUUGCCGUUCUUGGAUGACGUUGGGUUGGGCAGCUUACGAAGUUUGUUGUCUAGUGCGGCCUCGCGUGUUGCUCUCUGUUCGCGGGUUCGUUCGGCAACCCUCCGCUGAAGCAGUUUUUCACCACUCUCACCCAUGAACUCGCACCACCUUGCCUUCUCCUGGUCAAUCCUUUGACGGUUUUUGCGAAGCCUUGGGUGACAGUUUGGAAGGAGCACUCGGAUCAUUCGUCUGCCGUGCUGGAAUAUUGCGCGUCUCACCAGCCCUGUGUUAACCGGGUUCAAGUGAGAAUCCAAAACGUCAGGCAAAUAAACUUCUUGCUCCCGUGAUUACAUCUUCUUUCUUAAAAUCCCAAUUAGUAUACUGUCUCUGCUUGAGAACUUGCCUCUAACUUAUCUUUUUAUCCGUGGUCGCUUAAACAAGCGAACUCGACGGAAUGGUUCUUUUCAGGUUUGUCUGUUUGGAAAUUCCUGAUUUUUCUGAUCAUUUCUUCAAACUGGGAUGCAAGGCCAUCCUGUCUGACGAUUUAACACGAGUAGGCUGAAAAUUUCACCAUCAAAUGAUCCAUUUUAUCUUACGAACUCUAAACUGUUUUUCGUAAAGUGCAAUGAGUGUUCAAAAAAUGAACGUAUGUUCCUGUCGAUUACUCGAAAUCUAUUAAUGGUCAUCCGUUGGGAAAACAGAGGCAGUGCGCUACUAUGUCAGUCUUUCAGUCCUGCAGUUUCCUCAUCGUUGGGAGUUAGUCUUACGUAUUUCCACUCAAAGCAGUAUUUUUAAGGUUAACCGGAAUGUCGCGUUCUGACCACAUCCUCUGCUCCCGCCAUAUAUCGUUUGUAUUUUUUAAAAUAAUAUCUGUAAUGGUUGUAUCCUCGCAUGGAGGACCAGCCCAAAGUUCAGACACUGGUUUCAUUCAUUUUCUACAACCGCAUAGUGCAACGGCAAGGGUUUUUCUCAGCAGUUCGUCCUCCAGCCUUUUUGUUCUAGUUUUUGGCAGUAUUCUACUCAUUUAUUCUCUGCUUGGUAUUUCUUCUAGUUUUUUUCCAUGUACUUGGAGUAGUCUGUUCAGGACUUGGCUUUUCGCCUCUGCCCAACUUUGCAAAUUCCAAUUGGCUAGUCUUCUUCUUGUAGCCUUAAAAAUUUGAUCAUAUGGUGCUCUUAACGGGUCAUGUCAGCGCCUCUUUGUGCCGUACGGCUCUAUGCAACUCUAUCUAGCGUCUCCUCGAGUGCUGGAUUGCACUGUCUGCCGCAGACGAUGCUGUACAAAUAACCUGCAGUCGUCCUUGGUGGUGCGGUCGGUUGCUUAAGCAAACUGCUUUCUAGGACUAACUAGUAUUUUGGGCCAGCUUUCAUAUAUUGCCAAUGCUGAGGAGCGCUUGGUCGCCUCAUCACUGUCAAAGUCUUAAGUACACGCUCGAACAGGGGCUCAAAUGACAGCUUCUUCCCUAGUCGUUCGAAAUGCUCUGUAGAUCUGCUUCGGACCGUCUAAUCCCGGCAGUAGAUUAGUCAUCCAGGCAACUGUUACCGACCCGCACCAAUUCUCUCGCCGCUUAUGUCAGAAAAUUGACCUCCUCUUCUUCAUCUGACUUUUCCAUGAUAGAGCGGGAAAUGCCACAGGAAUGCAUUCAUCCUUAAUGGUCCCCUGAUUUAAGUUAUAAUUUUAAAUGAGGCCGCUCCCAUCUGCAGCCAUCUGCGUAAAGCGUUCAAUAGCUCUGCAAACGCGCCUACGGUGUGUCUAGUUUCACUGCUGCUUACUCUUACUUAACUGAAGAAAGCAACCCGAAUUUCUUUAUAUGCAGCGCCACAAUGAGGACUUCCAUUGUCUCUGCACCUGCGGUUCACCAAUUUUCAUAAGACCUGUGGUGGAGAGGGACAGUAUUGAAGGCGACUCGCAUGUGAAAUAGACUCUAGGGCAGACUUGCUUAGAAUUGACCUCUCUUUCACACUCAUCACACCUCCAUCAUAUGACUAAAUCAGGACAGCAUAAGACAAACUGAGCGCAGUUUCUGACUAUUGCCUAGAUCUCCGCCUGUGUUCGUGUGUAUUUUUCCCAAAAACGGGCAACGCGGUAGAUGCGCUGGACCAGCACAGGGGCUAGAUCGGAGUCUGACAGGCGUUAUCGGGAAUGUGCACCCGUAACAAAUGCCAACAUUGUGAAAUCCCCUCCCCUUCCCCACCUUUCAGAUUGGCCGGCCGUUGUUUGUCUGCUGUCAGUCAUCUGGCCUGUGGAGGGUAUCACCACGACUGAUAAAUGCUGUUCGCAGCUCCCAGACUCGCUUUUUCUACUCAGGCAGAAGCGAAAAUGAUAAGUUAAAAAGGCUUUCGGCCAUCUACUACUGCACUGCAUUGGGUGUCUUCAUGCUGGGUUUCAGCUAUGCGGGCGUCCCUCUCUACCGAAUCUACUGUGCGGUGAGUCCUUUUGCGACAUUUCUUUUUUUUCAGAGCCGUAUGAUCUUUUGCAACCAUUUUGCUUUUUUGUAUGGGGGGGGGUUCUCCGAAAGCAGUGGUAGGAAGUGCCGUCUCAUCACAAUUAGCGCCUACGUUGUUGCUACUGGUUUCUGCCUUCUUUGCUAAUCGGAAAAGUAUUUCAGUAUAUUUUCAUUCCUCAAGUACAUGGAAUUAAAUGUACUGCCCAGUAACAGUUUUAAAAGGUCAGAGAAUAGAUUGCCUAGUGGGCACUGAUCGUCAGUGUUAUUGGAGCCGCGGACGGAUUGACGGUGCUGGGCUCAAAAGCGUUACUGCCAGAGGCAACCGAAACUUAAACAGUCACUUCUGACUUGGUUACUGCUGGUAGUUAGAAAUGACCACCCCUGUCUUUGUCGCGAACGCUCACCCAUCAUUGAUUGCCCAUCGUCAUACGAACCUUUUAAGGCUUCGGUGCUCUAAUGUAGCACAGGCGGCAGGAUUCGCCCGCUAGUGGAACGGCCUUGAACAAGGCCUAGCUGUCAUAUGAAUCGGUUGUUGGGCCCGACGAAUAGGCAUCCGGUGGUGUACACGGAAACGAUGGAAAUGUAUCGGUGGAAGAAAAUCAGCCGUACUUCCCCUAACUGACCGUCAUAUCAUAUCGCUGAAAUUCAAGCAUCGUGAAUAGAUCUGGCCCUCCCUCCCCACCACAUCUCAGUGAUCCGCUUUUUUCCAGACCGAAUAACGAAGAAAGGAGGUCGCACAUGCUACGACAAAGAACUUGCGAGCCUUUUUAGUCCGAUAGCAAAUCAGUCCACUCAUGACUGGAAAACCCACACUCGAGUGAAGUAUGCGCCAACGCAACCGAAUCUCAAGUCCUGCAUUAUCUGCACCAGCCAAUACGAUGAGGAAGCGCUCUCACCAUUGCCUGGUGCCUAGGAGUAAUCCGCAAAGCGGAAGCAGACCUCCUGGCAAACGCCAGAAACCCACCGCCAAAAGAAGACACAAAUCAGCAAUAUGCUCUUGCCGGGACGCCUAUGCGGAAGAGCCCCGAAUAACCACAAUACGCCAUGGUCGUUUACGAAGGGCCUUUGGAGAACAUGGGGCAUCAAAAGGGGACGCUAAGAAGACGUUCUAAGAAGCCGACCAAGGGUCCCAUGACCGACUCCGGAGUGGCCGCCUUGACGGUGUUAUUCGACAGUUCGACCGUCGUUGCCGACGGGGUCCACCGUGUACUCCGCUGUAGGAUGAGAGCCGGGACAGUGACCUGCGCAUGGCAUAGUUUAUAGUGGUAGUAGACAUGCGCAGCAUCCACCGCACUCUCGCCCACUUGGGUCCGGUGUCAUAACAGAGUCAAGAAGACUGGAAACGGGAAGUGGUGCUGGUGGCUGGCACCGCGGAGAUCCGCGCCUACACGUACCCCCCACCACCUACACUGACCAGGAUCUCAUACACCAAGAAAAAAGAGGACGGCUUGGAUACCAAUGAGCGGGGCGCGAGCCUGUACACCCCGAAUGUUGGCAUUUGUUGUGGUCGUACAUUUCCGAGAACACCUGCCGGAUUCCGAUCUAGUUCCCUUGUUGAUCCAGCCUAUCUACCGCGUGGUCCGUUUUAGGGGCACAACGAUGAUAUCCAAGCACGCACUCGUAGCGCGGCCCCUACCCCCAACUUUGAUGCUGCUCAUAACCUCCUAAAGACGCCUAUCGCCGGGUAGCUGCACAGAGUUUGAGCGACAUUGCCCGACCGCCUAGCGCCUUGUAGUCCAUAACGCCCACAAAUCAGCCCUUGUCUGCACAACAAGGCGUACUGUUGGCUGCCGGAAAACCAUCAACUCCCUAUGCUACUGAAUCAACCAAAAUUUCACCGCACGGACAGUCAAUGCCGACCCUCCCACUCAUGCGGAGCAUGUGGCUCCAACGUGGCUGCAAAGAAUGGAGCAUUCUGCAUAUGCGGUGAUUGUGAACCCUCCCAUCUACCCGUCUGUCACAAUUCCGUGGCUGAAUCUGCCCCACCUGCUCGUCGUUUCCGUAUAUGGUUGCCUGCCAAAUAACAGCCGCCAUGCUACAGAUUCAUGGCUGAAUCCUUAAUCGUUCUACCCCCCGUUGCACUCACGAAUGCUUCGAGUAAGUGACAGCCAAGCUGCCUAGGAGACCUGCAUUCCCGGACAGAUGUCUUAUGUGUGCCUCUCUGGCCAUUCAUGAUCUUCCUCGGUCCCUGCAUCUACUGUGGCGAUCUAAAAGACCUCCUCCACCUCGAGCUACACAUAUUUAUGAACUAGCCUAAAACGGAGGGAGAAGAAAAACAACAGAAGUUGAGACAGGGUGGUGUCAUUAGGCUUACUUUUCUUCUUGUCAUAUCCCAGCUUGAAUAUUGGUAUUCGGUCUAAAAAGGCGCCCCGUCCCCAUGUCCAAUGAUUCUAUUCAGCCCUAAUUGCCAACUGGCGUCGUACCAGAACCCGCUAAUGAUCUAAAUCCACGCAUUUGCCUCACACCGAAGCUGACAGUUGACCGUAUGUGUCUGACUUUUGCCAGCACUUCUGCUAGCAGUAUGGCCGUGUCAUUUUCAGUUCCAAAUAGAAUACCUCUAUGCACCACGGUGGGGUUGGACAAAUUGGAAUACUGGGAUUGGACUUCCUUGGCAGCCAGCUAGAAGCCUUGUCGGACACAGCAUCGAACUAGCAACAGUAGUCCUGCCUUCGUCUUGCAACUUGUUUCGUAUCUGGUCGUUUUGCCUAGCAGCACCUUGAUCCAUCGUGAUCCUUCGUCGAAUGUGCCUUUAAUUAGGGUGAGGCAAGAUGACACCUGUCUUUCUGAGUGCCCGGCCCGUCAGCGUGCGAUUAAGUGACCUCCUCACAAGGCCGACGGUAAAGUAAACAGACCUACAGUAGUGAAGGCGACACGAUCACUGGGACAAGAGCUUUAUUAGCCUGACGUUUCGGAUUCCUGCACGAACCCAUCAUCAGAGGCAGUAGCAGAUAUGGGUGGUCCAUGCACAAGGGGCUGCAGUAUUUAUAGGAUUCAGUCGCCAUGCUACCGCAUACCUGUGAAUAUUCACGGCUCCCUCCUCUCAUCAAGGAUCGUUGCACUUGGUGUCAUAAUUGCUUGAUGGCCGAUAUUCGCGUCGUCAAUUGUUAUAAUUUCAUCUCGGGUGUUGGAUGUUGGUGUGAUGAUUGCUCGACUAUCUGACCCACUGUCCCUGGUGUUGAGCACAGUGUUCACAUGUGCGCUCUCGGCGUGGCUAUUUACUCCUUCUAGGCGAAGUCUCAUCACCGAGUAUGGAAGGGGAAGGUCAUUGCACUUGUUGAUGGAAUGGGGGUCAUUGAACCGUGACUCGAGCAGCUCGUGGCUCACGCGGUUGUCACCUCUAGUGCGAAUUUCGGCCUCGUCCCAUGAAAUGUUGACCGCAACUCUGAAAUACGUUUCCAAUUCGAAAAGACUACUUCCCACAAAGUGUACCAACCCCUUCUGAGAAAUAUUUUAUGCACAACUCAAAACACAACGUGGGGACUUCGGUAUCGUUGGCUGGGUAAGUUCUCCAUUAACACCAUCACGUAAUAGUGCAUGAGUUAACGGGUGGUUAUGUCCCAUAUUCAUCAGUAGUACGGCUGGACUGUAGCAAUAUCUUCUGCCUGGGACCUAUUUAAAGAUAUCAGUUCAGUUUUAUUGAGGGAAAUGUAGGUCUUCACCUUUGAACUCUCUAUUUGUUUACAAGCGACUGCAAAAUCUCAAAAACUGGAAAAGGUAUCAUAAAGGUAACAGAUAAUCGGAAAAGCGUCAGCUCUGUACAGACAAACAAACUGUCUUGAACGUUAGUGUUACGAUCAGUUGUACAGCAGUCGUUUCGAGUGCAGAAAAAUUAAUAUACCCGGUGACAAAAGUUGCAUAGGUGCAUGUCAGUAAGCGUAGGCGAUGGGUCGGAGACAAUAAGAGAUUCAAUUUAAAAUGUUACUGAAAUAUAGCAAGUAGUAUUAUAACAGCGGAAUUUUUCAAGGUUUCGGAGGUCGGGUGGUAAUUUAGUGGACACUGCUAUACAAAUCCAGCUUCCUCUUAAAGACCUCGACGGAAGCAGACAUAGCGACAUCCACAUGCAGGGCGUUCCAAGCGUUCAGUGCUUCUGGAGUUUCGAUACAGGCUGUGCAUUGAGAUCCCGCCCAUUGACCAGACCUCAGCCCCUGCGACCGUUCGACCUAAAUUUGACUGUAUAGCUCAUUUUUUUAUUUUUUUCAGAAAACUGGAGGGGGUAUAAAUGUUGAGGCUGCAAGGGCGAAAUCUGGUCGUGUGGAAAAAAUGAAACCCAUAAGGGAUAGGAAAAUUACCGUGGAGUUCUCUGCAGACACGUACUCGCGCAUGGCAUGGAACUUCAAACCAGCACAGAAGUCGGUGAGUCCACACAGUGUUAAGUCCAGCUUAUUUGAGGGGAAUUUAUGUGUUGCGCCUUUGUACUCCCUAUUUUUUUUACUAGGGAGAUUUAUUAUCGAAACUGCACAGAUAAACGAAUUAUUCCAAGUUUUAGGAACACUGGCACUGCUAAGUACAUUAUACAGUAGUCAGUCUGUGCAUAAUUAUGUUAUAGAAAAAGCAGCAUGAUUUCAGUUAUCUGCAGGCACCAAAGUAAAUGUUGGUAUCCGCGUGUAAUGAGUUUGGCCGUCGUACCGUCUAACUUUACUGUCUGCGCGCUUUUUCUCAGAUUACCAUAGUGCCGGGUGAAACUGCGCUUGCCUUCUAUACGGCGAAGAAUCCUACUGACCGGCCUAUUACGGGUAUUGCAACUUACACAAUUGUACCUCUGGACGCAGCUAAAUACUUCAAUAAAAUCCAGGUUCGUUGCCUCCGGUGGUGCUGCUUUGACAAUCACUCCCCUUUAUGAUUAUUUUAUUUCAUAAAAUGUUCUACUUACAAUUUUCUAAUAAGCAUUACUUUUACUUAUGUCUUACCCCGAACUCGCUCAUAGCUCUUCGUUUCUUUCCCUUUAGUGUUUCUGCUUUGAAGAGCAGCGACUCAACCCAAACGAAGAGGUUUGUUCUGCCAUUUAUUGGCUUCGUGCCAGUUAUUUUCUUUAUUGGUUCAGUUCGACAUAAUGAAGGCCAGUUUGUAGUACUUUUUGCAUGAACUUGACUGGGAACUGCGGUGGUAAUUUAAAACAUUUUCGUGCUUACACUUUAAGAUGCCGCUAAAAGUGGUCAGUCUGUUGAAUACACCUUUAAUCACUAUUUAUGCGCGACAUUCUGCCAUUCCUUGUCUUUUUUCGGACGUUCUCGGAGUUGAUCUGUUUCAUAUACGACGCACAUUGCUUGCUCCAGAGAUUAUUAAAUAAGGCGUGAGGUGGUCGACAACCGAUAGAACUUGGACUUAACCCCUUGGUUAGCGUGCCCCUCAUGAAUCACCCACCAUUUCAGGUCGACCUGCCCGUCUUCUUUUUCCUGGACCCAGAGUUUGACGAUGAUCCCCGCCUCAUGCGCACCACGAACAUCGUCCUCCACUAUACCUUCUUCGAGGCAAAGAAGGAGAAAUUGAUGAUACCGGGAAUUUCUACGCCUAUUAUUGAGGAACCCAGCAUCCCUCAAUCGCUGCCUGCGAGUACAUGA